AUGAGUUUGAGCGGUACCAAUGGUAGAGUUCCAUGCGACGAGGAGGUAGGCUUUUUACCAACCUCAAAAGAUAGUCCUGAUACGAAUGAAAAUGAAGCAGGUCAGAAAGAUACCUACCGUUUACUUACAAGAGAAGACUUGAUGCAGCUAGACAGCAGGGAGCCAUUAUGGCUACGUCUGCGAUGGGGUCUAUUUAUAUUGUUUUGGAUUGUUUGGAUCGGACUUCUCUUAGCAGCAGUCCUAAUAAUAGUGUUCACUCCCAAGUGCCCUCCAAGACCUGUUCUGCCUUUCUGGAGAUCAAGUACCGGGUAUUGGGUUAACCCAUUUGCUUACGCGGAUUCUACCAAUGACAAAAUCGGAGAUCUACGAGGCUUGGUUGAAAAACUCGAAUAUAUCAAAAGUACUAUAGGCGCGGGUUUUAUUGUCCUCACUUCUAUUUUCUCCGGUCAGUAUACUAAUGACCAGAAAACAUUGGGUCUUGUGGAUGAUUUCUAUAAUAUUGAUCCCGCAGCUGGUACUAUGGAAGAUUUUAAGUAUUUUGUGAGGUCAUGCCACAAACAUGGCAUUCAUGUGGUCUUGACCAUGGACUUUAAUUCUGUCUCUGCAAAACAUUCAUGGACUGACUUAACUUCUAUGCUCGAACCAUAUCCAAGUGGUGGACGGAUCUCCCGUCUAGGUGGCGAUGCAAAAACGGUUAUACAAGGCACCGAAUAUUACUCUGUUUUUGGUUCACAGUUUGUUGAUCUUAAUCUUAGAGAGUCGGUUACAUUAGAUCAUAUUUCUGAUGUGGCAAGGUUUUGGCUCAAUGAAGGCAUAGAUGGCAUUCUCUUAGACAACGUUGCUUUCUAUGUUGAAAACAGUGCAAAACCCACCGCCUUGAUCACGAAGGAGUUGGGUUCGAAAUGGUUUAAUGAAUACCCGUCGUCGCAAAUAUACCUAAACGAAUCGGUGGACGUUGUUCGAAGAAUCAGAAAGGUUGUCAAUGAAGUGUCGGAGUCCAGUGGAAAACCAAAGUUAUUGGCUGUUGAUGCUGGUAACACAGGAUAUGGUAUUAGUGAAAAGGAAGACCUUUCCAUGCAGUAUCUCGGGACGGAAGACUCACCAGCAGCACAUGUAGUUGUAAGCCGUCAAUUUGUUAAGCAGCGUGGUUGGAAAGCACCUCCAACUAAUCCUUCAGUGACAAACAACGAUAUUUUCACGUAUGAUAUGCUAAGUGUGUAUGAUAGAAAUUCCAUGGCUUUGACAGCUGCUUCAACUACUGACCCUAGACAGUCUGAUCUAGUGGCUUUGGCUUCCACGUUUCUGCUUCCAGGCACUUCUCUACUGUAUUAUGGUUCGGAGUUAAAUGAGGAAACGAGCAACAUCAAUUUCACUGGCGAGUUUUACCCGUUUGAUGAGAAGACCGUAUUCACUGGCUCUAAAGAAACUGAUGUGCUUUUAUCGCAAUUAGCUAUGCCUUGGGAUCAAUCUGGAGCUGGUUUCUCGCCGAUUUUAUCGAAUGUUACUUCCUUUACAGAAUAUCUGAAAGCCUUUAAAAUUAAUGAAACAGUCGAGUCCGCAACAUCAAGUGGUCGUGGGAUCACUUCUUUCUCUCUUGUUCAAGAUCUUGUAGCUAUUCGUAAAAAUGAAAGCUUGCUCUGGGGGAAUUUCAGAAUGUUGAAAUCCAGUCGCAUUACAGAAGAGUUGGAUUUUGAGAUGUUUGAACGCAAAGCUGAAGGUUUCCCAGCUUUCAUAGUUGUUUUGCGCAAAAAACCCAAUGCCGUCAGCGGGACAUUUGACUUUUCUAGCGUGUGCUCUAGCAUUAUUCCAAAAAUAAUAUAUCCUCCAAAUAAAAACUUUCCAAUUGAUCAGCCAGUUAGUAGUCAACGUGUUUACCUGAAAUCUGAUGGGCAACCUAUGAUAUAUGUUUUCAAAUGUGAAUGA